AGCGCUUUGGAAACCUGCGAGAAGCGAGGAGAGCUACCCGCCAUGGAUCCAGCAGGAGCAACGGUGACCAACAACAUCUCCGGCGGAGAAUCCGAGAACUUCGCCGUCGGGAACGUUUAUUCCGUCAAGGUUAUCACCGGAGAUGAAUUCCAAGGGAUCGUCAUGGCGUAUGACCCCAAUCCCAACCUCGUCAUUUUCGAAGAGGGUUUGAAACCUAGACCUGGGCAUUCGAAGAGCACUCGGAUGGUGAAUGCUAAUUUCAUUACCGAGCUCACUUAUCUGGGUCAGUCCGAGGAUCCGCUUGCUGCCAGCGAAUGCUAUGUUGAUCUCAACGGACUUCAAUCGAAAGAGGCAAAUGCCAUCAGGCAAGCGGAAGUAGAUGCUGAGAGGAUGGGCGUUGGAGUCACCGCAGAGGCUCAGAGCAUCUUCGACGCAUUGUCUAAAACGCUCCCUGUGCAGUGGGACAAGUCAGAAAUUGUGGUGAUGAAAGAAGUGCGUGUCCGUAGUCCAUAUCGUCCCGACUGCGUCCUUGGAGGAACUGCUGCUGCCAAUAACCGAGUCAGGAAAGUGCUUGAGCUGGAGAGACAGAGGUUGCAACUGGUCGGUUAAGGGCGGUGAUGGGGCUGAGUCAGUGAAACAGCCAAAAGGGUAUGUGGCUACCAAUCCAGGCAGUGAGAUUGUCAUUGUCGUCACUCAGAAUCUGAAUCAGAUUAGAGUUAACUGAGUUGCCGAGGUUUUGGGUUCAGUUAAACUGGUUUGUGCUGUUCUUGACAGGAACACUAAGAAAGUCUUUGCCUUCGUGUGCCAGAUGGGAUUAAUAUGUCGCCUGAAAAUGUUAAACCAAAUCCGAAUGGUUGAGAACUUGUUAAAGAAAACAGACCAAAGUGUGACAGGUUUUUUCCUUUAACGUGGAAGUCUUUCUUA